AGUUAUUUCAUUUGUCGGCGGACGCGACCGGGAAAGUUUCGACGUCGAAUGGUAACAAUGGACGAAUCGGAGACGACGAGGCACACUUGUCUGAAGCUCGAAAUCGCCGGCGUCGAUCCGAUUUUCGUGAAGGGCACUUGGUACCGCUCUCGUUUCGAUCUCUCCAUCACGGAUGGAGCCCAAGCUUGGGUUUGCGAUGCGAGCAAGGAGGAGGUUGCGGAGCGUGCGGCGCAAUGGGACCAACCUGCGACGGCGUAUGUCGAGCUGGCCGAGAGGUAUUUAGGGUUUCAGCAGGCUGGUUCCGUCUACGGAUUCUCUGAUGCUCUUGACGGGUCUAAACGGCUCUCUUGGACGUUUGAGAAGGAAGGGACUAAACUUGAGUGGCGAUGGAAAUGUAAACCAUCACCUGAUUGCAAAAAGACCACUUCCGGGAUCUUGGAUUUUCUUAUGGAGGCGAAUAUAAGACUAAGUGAAGAAGUUGUGAGCAAGACUAGGUCUUUCGAGAAGAUGAAAGCCGAGGCAGAUAAAUGUCUCGCUCAAGGAGAAACUCUCUGCAAUGAGAAAAGAGAAUUCGAGACAGCAACUUAUGCAAAGUUCCUUUCUGUAUUGAAUGCGAAAAAAGCAAAGCUUAGAGAACUACGAGACAAGUUAUCAGAACAAGAAAACUCGGGGAAAAGGCUUCAAGAGGAAGAGACAUCAGAUAAAACUGAAAGCUUUGACGGUGAAAGUGAUGAUGCACAGAGUGAGGAAGACACUUCAAUGAAGGUAACACUCCACUCCACCAGCAGAGGGCGUGGUCGGAAGACAGCUGCACGCGGGUAGAAUCUCUUGGACGGAGACUUUCCGUCAGACUGAACAGAUUUAUAUUCUGUAUUCCGGAUCAUCAGCCACUAAAAGAGAUCUCUAGGCAACUAGUUAUCCUCUCUGCACAUCAUCAUCUAUUGCUUAAGGAAGUAAUUUUUGUGCUCAAACACAGAAUGAUUGUGGUGUACGUUUAGUCUUUUUUCCUGACCUGAUUAUAUCAAUUUUACUCGAAGAUCUUCUCCCCAUAAGCGCCUGAAGAGUUCUACGACCCUCAGAAUCUGCAAAAAUGCGACUUAACUUGGACUUGACAGCUUUAUUGGGAGAGAAGUUCCUCUCAAGCAUGCUCUCAAGAAGAUGGACUGCAUCUUCAAUCUCAUCACCCUUAAGGAAACCCAAAAGAACAGUGUUAAAUGAAAUGGCAUCCGGAGAACAACCCUUUGUCUCCAUAUCAACGAGCAACUUUCUAGCUUCAGAUAGCUUCUUACUUUUGCAUAGGCCAUGGAGCAUCGUGUUGUAGGUUACAACAUCGGGCACCAAACCCAUACCUAUAAUUUCAUCAAAUUUUUUCCGUGCUUCUUCCAGUUUCCCAUUUAUUAUCAAACCGUUAAGGAGGGCAGCGUAUGAAUAUAUGUCAGGAGACUGACCAGACUUGUAUGCUGAAUCAAAGAUUUCUUGCGCAACCUGUAGAUCUCCUGAUUGGCUUACAAAAUGAAUAAGAGUGGUGUAAGUAAACUCGUUAGGUUUCAAUCCUUCAUGAAUCAUUUCUCUUAAGAGCUUCAAUGCUUCCUUAGUUUCUCCAUGCUUGAAAUAGCCGGCGAUCAUUGUGUUGUAGAUAACAGCAUUAAGCCGAAGGUUUCCAUGCCUCAAUGAUUCAAAUAACUCAACGACAUCCUUUGACCUGUUGACCGUAAAAAGACCAGCCAAAAGCGGGCUAUAUGUAUGCAAACUGGGCUUGAUACCUCGAUCCAACAUGGAUUCGAACACUUGAAUCGCUUCAUUCACCUUCUUGACUUUGCACAAACUAUCAAUCAAAAUGCUAUAAGUAUAAACAUCCGGUGAAAGCCCUUCUCUUGCCAUUUUCUGGAUCAUCUUUGCAACUUCUUCCCACAUUCCUAGUUUGCAGUAUCCAUGAAUCAUAGAAUUGUAAAUGAUAGUAUCCGCACGAAGCCCUUUCUCAGACAUUUUAUCAAACACUUGAACUGCAUCAAACACUUUCCCUUCCGAACACAGACCUUUCACCAAAGUCAGAGACCAUUACUGAGUCGGCUUCCAGACCUCUCUUCAUAGUAUCACCCAAAACCCCAAACCCAUAAUCUAUCUUCCGCAGAUGACAAAAAGCAUUGAUCAGGAUAGACGAUGUAUACAAAUCGGACUUCACGCCUUCGUCCCUCAUCCUCUUAUACAUGGACGGCACUUCCGAAUACCCUUUGAGCUUCGAGACCGAACCCAACACUUGGUUAAAAGUACCAAGCGAAGGGAUGGGUCUUGUCUCAAUAAGCUUAUCGAAGUAAAAAAGAGCACCUUCAAGGUUCAGCUCACCCGAUUUGCAUAGCCGCCUCACCUCGAGUUCAAAUCCGCAGGGAAUCUGAGCACUGGUUCUUUGAAAGACCGAAGACAAGGAAGAGAGUGA